AUGGCCGGCGAUGCAACUACAGCCCCGCGAACAGCCCUGGUCUUUCCUCGGAGAAUUCUUUUGGGUUGUACUGUUCUGGCCGGAGGACUCACUGAUGUAGUUUCAUGUACUGAUGCCUCGGUAGUUUUUUCUAUAGGCUUAACCUUGGCGGGGCGACCUCGAGUUGAACGCACAGGUUUCGGUGAGGCCUUGGUGAGUGGCGUUGAUACAGUUUUUGCAGGCGUUUUCUUUGCCACCCGACCUCGUCUACGUGAAGCUAGAGUCACACUACUAGAGGGACUUGGGUGUGAAGACAAUUUAGCUGGAGUCGACAACUCAGCAGUGGCUUUUACCGACCUCAACGCUGGUCUUUUUGGUGAUUUAGUGGUCUGGCGUGAUUUCGCUGCUCUUGUGGGGCGUCGAGAAGUGGUUCGUCUCUGGGAUCCUGACUUGGCUGGAGAACGGAGCCUUUUUAAAAGGGGCGAUUUUGGUGACUGA